AUGAGUGAUACUGAAAAGGCAAUUAUUCGUGAUCUUACAAAGAAUAUGGGAGAUAAAUGCUAUAUUAUCCUGCGUAUUUGUAUCAACACAGUCUUUCCUAAACCACUACAACCUUUACCAAUAAAUAAAGUACCAACUGAUCCUAUUAAGUUGCUAGAACUUGGAUUGAAACACAUUGAUCCUUCUACAAUCAUUGAUGAUAGAGUUAAAAAUGUAGAUGGUUCAGCAGAAAGAUCUUUACAGGCAGCACUUUAUUGUGUCUUUAAUGGCUUACUUCCCAGGCCAAUGUUAUGUUUGCUAGAGGUAAAGUGCAGUGGUCAUGAACAACUUGAUUUAAUGAUAGUUAAAGGUAAUGAGAAUUUGGUUGCUUACUCAUUCAAAGUCAAUAACAUCACAUCAAAUGAUUUCAAUAAAGCACUAUGGCAGGCUGUAAGAUAUGUUGAUCAUUAUAAAAUGGAUGUAUAUCUUGUCAAUUUCUACCUAGAUGGUCAUAGAGAACCAGAUGUGCCCAUUAAUACUCCAGAACAGAUCAUUUAG